AUGUCUUUCUCCAACGCAGACACCGGCUCCAAAGACGCCGACCCAUACAAAGCUAAGAACCUCGACACCCCCUCCUUGAAAGAAAAAGUCGAGGACUUAAACACUUUCAUCGAUGCCUGCAAAUUCGGUAUGAUGACUACUCGAGAUGGAAACACCGGUGCACUAGCUAGCAGAUGUAUGGCUGUUGCUGCUAAGGAAAAUGGUGGAGUCACUCUUCUUUUCCACACCAAUACUGAGUCUGGAAAGACAGAUGAAUUGGCUUCGGAUUCUCAUAUUAAUAUUUCAUUCUUGAAUUCUUCGGGUGAAUGGGCUUCGAUUUCUGGCCUCUCCUCCAUCGAAACCGACCGCGAAACCGUCAAGAAAUACUACUCCCCCUCCCUCAAAGCCUGGCUCGGCGACCUUGGCGACGGAAUUCACGAUGGUGGUCCCAACGAUCCCCGUAUCGGUGUCAUAAAGGUAGAGGCUAAGACUGCGACAUAUGCCAUUGUGCGCAAGAGUUUCUUGGCGCGAGGAGCGGAGAUAGCGCAGGGCGUUGUCACGGGAAAAGCGGCUAGUGUGAAUAAGUUGAGGGAGAUUACUGAGAAUGAGAUUCAGACGUGGAGAACUAGUCAGGGAAUGGUUCAGUAG